GUCGUGGUAUACGCACGCGUCAUAAGUGAUCUCUCAAGAAUGUUUAUAACAACUAGCCGGUAUUCUCUGCCAUUUAGGAAGAACAUGGAGAUUAUUCUGCUAAUGACCUUUAUCUUCUUCCAACAAGUGGCAGGUUCCAGUUAUUUUGUCAUAACUCAGCCGAUGACGGCGUUACAGGCGUAUAACGCUUGUGACAAUGAAAACAGCACGUUGGCAGGUCCGAAAUCGUCAGAAGAGGAGGAAAUCCUUGCAUAUGACCUAAACGGGUCUCGAGAUUUCGGGGCUUGGACGGGGAACUACGUUGACGUUGCUCCGUGGGUAUAUGCCAAACAUUGUUGGGCCGGAAUUGACGGAACACCACUGAAUCUUACAACGAACAGUGGAUCGUUAUGUUUACAGACUUGUGAUCCGAAUACUUUCAUUGCUCUUGUACAAAAACACCAGUGCAUAUGUAUAUCGGAUUGGUUCGUACAAGCUAGGAAUUUAGAUUAUGCGCCGCAGGCCAAGUGUAACAGUGUGUGUAACGGAGAUGGUGGAAGGUGCGGAGGGCAGCAGGUAUACACGCAGUAUAGUCGAUGUUAUGGGAAAGAUUGUCCUGUCGACUUCAACCUGGAGUAUAAUUGCGCGUACGUUAAUUUAUCUGGUUCAAUAAAAGCGGCUUCAUGUGAGGAACAACACUUCCCUGUCUGUGUGAUAGGUAAAGGGCAAGACGAAACACUAGAGAUGUUUGUCAACGCUACAUAUGCAUUGGAAAAGAAGUCCUGGAAUGAUUCAAAUACAUUCUGUCGGAGAAAGGGCGGUGUGCUUGCUAAUGUAAGAGGAAAACAGAAGUCGCUUGAGAGAAUUGCCAAAGAACUGGACAUUACUAACUCAAAACCAACUUUCUGGGUGGCAAUUAAUCGAGCGAACACCCCAACAAAGCAAAUAACAGGAAACUCAACCUUUAGCAAAUCCUCGCAAUGUUUCUACACCAAACAUGACGGAAGUGGUAUAAGCCACAAGAAUUGUGACGACAAGGCAUUUGCUUCUUGUAGAAAGAAAUUGAGCGACACAAUCUCAGAUACCAAUUCCACUCAGACCAAAGACGAUAGUAGUUUUGAGACAGAGAGCACCCCUGGCGUCCAUGUUACUGGUCUCUCCAUCGUGGACAACAGCAGCCCUGUUUUGACUGAUACGACAACCUCUCAGACCAAUGAUAGUAGUUCCGAAGACACGACGUCUGUCGUCAAGGUUACUGGUCCCACUAUCGUGAGCGACACAAUCUCAGAUACCAAUUCCACUCAGACCAAAGACGAUAGUAGUUUUGAGACAGAGAGCACCCCUGGCGUCCAUGUUACUGGUCUCUUCAUCGUGGACAACAGCAGCCCUGUUUUGACUGAUACGACAACCUCUCAGACCAAUGAUAGUAGUUCCGAAGACACGACGUCUGUCGUCAAGGUUACUGGUCCCACUAUCGGUUACAUCAUACUAGCAGUUGUUGUGGGAGUGGCUGCUUUGAUCGGAAUUAUAAUCGGGACAUCAGUUCUACUGAAGAGAAGAAUGAAGUCAAAAAGUGGAAACCUUUCACAAAGCCGUCCACAAUAUGACUACUCGGAUAUCGCAGAGCACAAAUCACCCAACACGUCUGGGAUACAACUACAAGUUCUAGGAGGAAGAUCAACUGGUGCAUCCGGAAGUGGAUCAAACACGAGCAGUGGACAUGAAAUAAGAAACAUGGAUGAGGAGAACUACGAUAUAAUGGUCAACCACUCCCGUCCAAAACGAAACUCGAACUCAAAUGCAAGUGAAUCUAACACAUAUCAUAGCGUGGCCGUUGGUCCAGAGGGAGAUUACAACGAGCUCCAAAUUGGCCAAAUCAAAGUUAACGUAGAGAUGCGGGACUCGUUCUACGCCACUGCUCAGUCCUUAUCAGCAAUGGAGGGUAAUUACGACGAAUUCCAGAAACGCGAUGGACACACGGAAACUGAAUCCGACUACGGUCAUACCUUUCAUUUUCAUGACUAAACAGAUGAAUACUUAGCAAGUACUGUUAUAUUAUCAAAAUAUCGCUACCCUUAAUCCCUUUACUGUGGACUUAUGACUGUAUUUAUGCCUGUGUAUUAAACACACAUGACUGAUACCCAAACGUAAUUUAAACAAUCGCUCUUAUCGCAGAAUAAAAAAAAAAUCCUCAAUAUUGAGAAUAGUGACGUCACGUCUGAUUUGAAGGGGUCGAAAGUGCCACUGCUAAAGAAGAAUGUUGGCGGGGAAGGCAAACAAAAUGUGUUUUAAAAUCAGAGAUUUCUCAAUUAUUUCAUAGAUGUCUCUGGUUAAUUAGCAAGGAACAUGGAACCAGAUGAUUUUUAUCAAUCAAUAUGUGUACUUUGUCAAAUUUUAGAAACAUGUUGGUCAAGUCUCAAUUAAAUUGAAAGCGUCAUAUAUGUUUAACCGAGAAUAAUUGGAUAUUUGUUUUGUAGAUAAAAAUAUGUAUUUGCUUUUCUACCUACGAAGUACUGAGUAUGUCACCAUGCAAGUCACGAUGACCUAUGUACUGCACACCACCAGAGACAUGAAUAGAUAUAUGUAUGUACACCACCUGCAGCAGUUAUAUGUAUGCCCCAGACAAGAAUAUUUUAGAAAGAUAAGAACAAAUAAUCACAUUUAUAUGUAGCAUUAUCUAACCUAACCCAAUAAGAAUCCGGGUUACUGCUAUGUGCUUCUUCUAGAAGAUUAAAACUGAACGUAUUUUUAUGUUCCAGCUUGGAAUAUAAGUUCAGAAUUGUUUUGUAUGGUACAAUAUUCUUGUGUUAAUGUAACUUGGGCGUAAUCAGAUGUAAAUAAGUAACAGUGACUUCCCCGCGGUCAGCGCAGGUGUUGCUUUCGUUUGUCAGUAACCUGGUAACAUAAGAUCUUAUGUUAGUACUCUUGAUAUUUAUGUUACUAAUGCGAUGGAUGUAUGUCUCAUUCAAAUGCUUUGAUAAAUUUGUGUAUUUUGAAGCCAUUCUGUAUAAUAUAUUGUUAUUUUAGUAAAUCACUUGAAGUUUUUAAGUCAAGUUUUUGUCACCAUCAGUCCAAAGGGAGUCACUAAAACAGUAUGAUAACGAGAGCUGUUUAUGACAUGAGGUACUACAUAUAUCAAUACAUCGACAGUUUUACAUAUAACCAGUCAGCAUUCUUUUUUAUGACGAAGUUAUCCAGUUUAACACAUUGGGCCUAAAAAGGUAUUCCAAUUAAUCACUAACUGUAUAAAUGAAACCGAACGGUACUCCACUGCUCUGCUGAGGAAAAAUUUGCUGAAAGACAUAAUUCAUGUGAAUUUCAAAAUGGUAGUCACAGCUAUUGGACUUUUUAGCCCUCGAGGUUUAUCAUAACCUGCUGUCAAAUUUUAAAACACACGAUUCAGAAUAUACACAGGUACUUAA